UUUCAGCGGCUGCCCGCUGAGCCUCCCGGGGCAUCCACUGAUCAGGGUGGAGGGACCGGUCUAGAUUUCUCAGGCUCAGCUCUGCCCCUGCGUCCUUCGCUUUCUUGAGUCGGCUCCUUGACUGCUGCUCUGGGGAGGCCCCAGAGGCCCAGCCAUGGGUCUAGCCGUAACAGGAACUGCUCCUUUUCUGAGCGGCCCCCUCCUGGUCCUCGGGCUAGGUGCGUUCUUGGCCCCAGCCAGCUGCCGCGACAUGUCCCUGCACCAUCCCCCAGUGUCGGCUGAGUUAGUGAUCCCCAAGAAAAUAAGGCCUCCGAUGUGGGACUCGAAGAUGUCGGGGCAGAUCUCUUACAGUUUGCACAUCACAGGCAAGAAGCACAUCGUGCACCUGCUACCCAAAAAGAUGCUGCUACCUCGGCACCUCCCCGUGUUCACCUAUGCAGCAGCCAAGGACGCCCUGCAUGAGGAGGAUCCCUUCUUCCCGAAAGACUGCUAUUACUACGGCUACAUGGAAGGGAUCUCCAAAUCUUUGGCUGCCCUCAGUACCUGCUUGGGUGGACUCUGGGGGAUCCUUCAGGUAAACGAGAAAUAUUAUCAAAUUCAGCCCAAUCCAGCCUCAUCCAACUUUGAGCAUCACCUCUAUCCAAUAGCAAACACAGGCGCUUCGAAUCUGAUCCGUGCGUUAGCCAAAGAGGAGAUAGAUGAGGACUUCUUCCAGAAGCAGGAGGCCACAUCUCCACCAUGCACAGCCACUUUUGAUGAUGUCCAUUUGUGCCGGCAGAAGGUGGAGAUGGGAGUUGUGGUGGGCAAAUUGGGGUACGGAUCCCAGAAUAGUAAUGCAACUAUGGUGCUACAGGACAUGCUAUUCACACUCAACCUGGUGGACACGCUUUUUAUGCAGAUCAAGGCGCAUGCCUCUUUGUCCUCUCUGGAACUGUGGACUAAUCCUAGCCCUCUGAAAAUCAUCAAGAAGCUGCGAAGUGUUCUUCACAGUUCUGCCGAACCGCAAAGUAGGAGCCCGGCAGAACAGCAACUUUGCGAUUUAGUUCACCUCUUCCAGCAGCAUAGUUUCGACCUCAUCUUUGGAAUAGACAUCCGAACUGCAAAAUGUAAUCCUUAUCCCAGUUUGGCUAUUAAGGCUCACUUCGGAGCCCAUCUUAUCAUUUUCUCUGUCCUUUUUUCCCGUGAAAUGGGGCAUGACUUAGUAAAGCCUAGUGAUGAGGGAAAUUUGCAGGAUCAAAGGAAACCCAGCCUCGGGGCCAGUAAGGCUGAAACCUCUGAUUUCUUGAAAAGCAGCUGCACAGAUGGUCAUCUGAUUUUACUGAAUAAUGAGGGUAACUGUCUCAGUGGUACUUCGGAGGAGAAGAUGAAAAAGCAGAGAUGUGGAAACAAAAUCAUUGAGGAAGGAGAGGAAUGUGACUGUGGUUCUAAGACAGAUUGCAGAAAAGAUCCCUGUUGCCAGCAAGGGUGUACUCUUUCCAAAGGUGCCCAGUGUAGCACUGGACUUUGCUGUAAAGAUUGUAAAAUUCUCCCCACUGGAAGGGUCUGUCGAAUACAGAGCAAUGAGUGUGACCUCCCUGAGUUCUGCAAUGGUAUGUCAGGGCUUUGCCCAGAUGACAUAUACAAACAAGAUGGUACACCUUGUAGUGGGAAAGGAUAUUGUUACAAGAAAAGGUGUGGAAGCCACCUUCAGCAGUGCCAGGCUCUCUUUGGGCAACAAGCUGAGAAUGCUCCCCCCCAAUGUUAUAAAGAAGUGAAUAGUCGAGGUGACCGAUUUGGUAACUGUGGAUCUGGGCAAGUUUCUCUUUUCAAAGGCUGUAAUACCCAGAAUAUAUUAUGUGGGAGACUUCAGUGUGCCAAUAUUGACAUCAUCCCUCAGGUACCUCAUUAUUACACCCUCAUUCAGACUUACUUAAAGGAACCACUUGAAAAGGAAGGUGUUUUAUGCUGGGGAACAGCUUUUAAUCAGACUGCAAAGAAGGGUUUGAUUGAUCUUGGUGUUGUGGAAGAUGGCAGCUCCUGUGGGGAAAACAUGAUGUGUGUUAACAAGACUUGCCUUAACAUCUCCAGCAUCCAACAGGAGUGUGUCCCAGAGCAGUGCAACUUUCAAGGCGUGUGCAACAGCAGAGGGAAUUGCCACUGUGAUUUUGGAUGGGCCCCUCCUUUCUGUCAGAAUUCUGGUUAUGGAGGAAGCAGUGAUAGUGGACCAACGGUAGAUCUUGGGAGUGAGAUGAACACAAGUUUCUUAUCCUGGAGGACCUACUUAAUUCGUGGUAGCAUUUGUUCAAGCUUUGUAAUGCUUAAAUGGGCUGUGAUAAUGCUGUACAAAAAGAGAAAGUGGAAAAAAACUUAGGGAUAAAAUGAUAUAGGCAGUCAAAGCAGCCUAGUCCCAAGAUCUCUUGAAAGACCCAGUUCAAUAUAUUAGAAUGCUAGCUCCCCAUGUGAGACUUCAAGGUUAAUCUACUAUCCAUUAUGAUUCUAGCGAUAACUGCUUCAUGAGGUGAUGAAGAUUUUGGCACUGGUAUCUUCAUUGUUAUGCUAGAACACCUUGUUUCUCAAAGAAUUCAAGAAUAUUCAAAUAUUUAACCCAUUUUUUUCCUUUUUUCUGCUUUCUGCUUUAAAAAUAAAUGUUCUUUAUAUCUUGGAA